GCACAGCCAUCAUGAAGAAGAGUAAAUAUAUACUUAGGAAUGAGACGCGCUCAUACCUGUGCCCUUCGUCCUUCCUAGCAUCCUGGUAGGACCAAAUCCCAUCAGCUCUCGAGCGAAUGGGCCGCCAAAGUUUAAAUUGACCCAACGUCAAGCCUAGCCUUACAGAGCCACGAGAACUCACCGAAUAUAUCCAUUAACCGACAUACUUGCCAACCUGUGUGGUGAAUACAGUUGUGAUGGCUUCCAGCUCGGCACAGCUCGGUGCAGCAGAAAACAAAUUGACACCGGUCAUAACUUUGGAGGGACAUGAGUCAUGGAAAAUUCGCUAUCCGGGUGGUGAACAUCACCACAAAUAUAUUUCGUACAUUUACUAUUUCCCCGACGGCAAGCAAAUGAUCAGCGGAUCAGACGAUAAGACGAUUCGGCGAUGGGACUUGCGAGAGGGCAAGGAGAUUGAGGAGGCUCGGGAGGUUUACAAAAAUAGGAUAUAUGGAGUGAGGGUAUCAAAGGAUGGUCGAUGGAUUGUUACUGCUGGCUAUAGCCUCGGACUCAAAGUCAGUGAGGUUGAGACGGGGAUCGUGAGAACAUUUCACAUUGGGUGGAUCACUUGCUUCGAUAUCUCCACGGACAGCACCUUGGUAGCGGGUGGGUCAUACGAUGGGACACGGAUAUGGAGCUUGGACACAGGCGAACUCGUGGUUGGUCCAUUUCAAUUUACUAACAAGGGUGAUCCUAGCCCAAUAGCACUUCGACUCUCGCAAGACUCUCGGAAGCUGGCAGUGUCUCUAAAUUCGGGGCAUCUUCAGGUGUGGGAUGUUGAGGCACAGAAAUUGCUUGUACAAAAGUCUAGUCCUGGCACACAUUCUGGGUUUGUUUCACCGGUCUUCUGGACAACAAAAGACAAAUCCAUUGUAGCCGCAUUCAGCUUCACGGAUGAUGCCCUCAUCCGGACGAUCUAUGAGUUGGACGCAUCGACGCUCAAGACUGUUGGAGUUCCUUUCAAACACACUGAUGGCAUCUAUGGUCUAGUACUCUCAUCUGAUUGUAUUCUUCUCGCCAGCUCUUCCUACCGCUCCAUCAAGCUGUGGGCCUUUGAGUCCCGCCAACUCCUUGCUUCAUUCGACGUCUCGGGAUCUCCCAUGACCGUCGUCCUCUCCCCUGAUUCACGCCAACUAGCUCACACGACCUUCGAUGACUCCAAAAUUUACGUAUGUAACAUUCCAGCAAAUAUUCUUGCUAGCAUUGGGCUUCAAGAACUGCAGUCUAGUGUAUGUACUCCCGGUAUACAUCCAUCAUGUAUAUGCUAAUAUUCUUACAGAACAGUAAAUUUGAGCGUUCACGCCAUGCUGGUUUACUUAACUCCGAUGCAACACCUCGUCCC